AAAACCUUUCAAUCACAAGAAAUUGACGGCUGAUGCUUGGGAAACUUGACAAUGGAAAGCAGCUACACAACUGAAGAAGAACAUUAUCUAUGUGAGGUUAACUUUUCAACCUUUACUGGCAAUUUGUUCAUCUUGAUCUUCAUCCUCAGUGUCAUAUGCAACAGUCUCCUCUUAUGUGUCCUUUUCAUCUACGAGAACCUGAAAAGUAUCACAAAUAUUUUCAUCCUGAACGUGGCUUGCUCUGAUUUGAUCUUCACCAUCACACUUCCAUUUUGGGCUGUUGAUCAUUUACACCACUGGGUCUUUGGAGACUUUUUCUGCAAAUUGAUUUCUGCCGCAUUCUUUGUUGGUCUGUACAGCAGUGUCAUUCUGCUGACUGCAAUGACAGUGGAUCGUUUCAUUACUGUGGUGCUGCACAACCGGCUGAACAAACUAGACAGAACGAAGUACACAAUUGGUGCUUGUGUAGCUGCCUGGGUCAUCAGCAUCUCUGCAUCCGUGAGUGAAGCCGUGAAUGCAAAGGUGGGAAACUGGGAGAAUUAUACCUACUGUCUGGCAUCUGAAGACAUCCUCGGACAACACCUCCAAGUGUCACUGCUAUUCUUCCUCCCAUUUGCCAUUGUUAUUUUCUGCUAUUCUGCCAUCCUCAAGAAGGUUUUACAAGCUUUAAACAGAAAGAAGCACAGGGCUGUAGUUGUGCUGUUGUGUAUUGUUGCAGCAUUUUUCAUUUGCUGGGGGCCAUACCAUAUUAUGCUUUUAAUCAAUUCUCUCUAUACACCCAAAGGUUGUAAGACACAGGAACAGUUGGCUAUCAUGUCUUGUAUUUGUGAAAUGCUUGCCUAUUCUCAUUGCUGUAUGAACCCUCUGCUGUAUAUGAUCUCACAGAAGAUGCGAAAGCAUCUGUUGAAUCUUUUGCGCUGUGAAAAUGUGUGCAGGAAGAACAGAGAGAGAGACACUGGCCAGAACACAACUAUUAGCCAGAAAGUUGUUUUCACAGAACAAAGUACUGCUGUCAACGAGGACCUGCAUGACUAUCCAUUAAACAAUCUUUCUUAAAUUUACAUAUUGAUUUAAUUUGUAAAUGCUUUUACAUAAUAUCUAUUUUUGAGUUUUUCACUGAUCCAGUUAAAAAAAGCAACAACAUAUGUGCAUUUCACUGUAUUCCUUUGCAUUCACACUGCUUUGUGUAAAAAAUAAACUG